GUCUCUGCUGUUUGUGAUCCCACAUCGAAAGCAACCAAAUCACGAUCUCCAGGAAUCGUGCGCCAGGCCGGUACCAGCGUCCCAAGGCCGCCAUUAACCAGUCCGAACCUUUGACCUUUGAUCACCAUAAAAGGGAGUAAAGGUAGUCACGUUAUGCAUAACCUUCACCUGCUCUUGUUUCUCACCGCGGCCAUCGGUCCCGCUGCAAGCCCCCAGUCGGGCGUGGUGUCGGCGAUCUCAUCGACCGGAAUCUCUGCCUUAACCAGCUCCACCAACCUCGAAUCUAUACCCCUUCCUCCACCGCAACUCAGGCGAGAAACACAACCGUCACCCGAAUGCCUCGAAGUCAACGGCGGUGAGCAACAGUGCUGCCGGGCUUUGCAAUCAGGAGACCAAGAGCUGGUACGAUGGCUUGCGAAGAUUUACGGAUACAACAUGACGCCUGACGUUGUCAACGGCUUGAAGUGCGAUGGAGACGUUGAAAACUGCUCUGGAGUCAAGAUGUGUUGUCGAGUUACCAAGUUGUCCCCCUUACUGUCGAUGUGGUGCGAGUCACCCAAUGACAGGAAACCAUAAUACGCUGCUGGUUAAUGUGGAUGGAAAGCCGGGAAUCAGUAGGAGACGAGAAAUAAUACAAAGAAAUAAUGGCAGGUGUUUGAAGUAGAGCGUUUCUCCUUCUAGAUAGUCUUUCCCACCUCUAUUUUGCCAAUGCAGAAUGUAGUAGUACAAAUUGAACGGGCCGACCGUAUCCCCAAUCAACUCAACAGCAGCCCGUGACGUAUAUGCCCGCCGAACCGACUCCUAACACAACAGUAUAUGCUUUAUGAUGGUACAUCAUAUAAA